AAUUAUUGAACAUGGUAAUAUCAAUUUACUGUUUGGCUGUUUUAGCUGUUACCAUGGCAGAAGCUCAUCUAUUGUUAAGCAUUUGGGUGUCUAGUUUUUGUACUCGGGUAUUUUCAGCUCCUUUUGACAAGUCAAUGAGGAUAUUGUUGUUUGAUAAUUGCACACCACUAUGUCUCAGGCUGUCUGGCUUUUCUGAAUGGGAUGUGAAGCAUGUGAGACAUUCUUGUAUUUUAAUGGAGGGGCCAAAGGUGAAACAGGAGAAAGAGAAGGCUGUGAAAACAGUCAGGUUUAGAGUAGCAUCUGCCAACAGCGGCCGAGUCUUGGCGGAGGUGUUCAAGGAUGAAACGGCCUGGUGCGGCUCAGUGGCGGACUCAGUGGACUCUGACUGCACCAGCACCCCGGAGGCAGAACAGGGGAGCUCACUCCCCAACAGUGAGGCCAACAGCCACCUGAGCGGUCUGGUGGUGGAGACUGCGAUGGACGAGAAUGGCUGCGAACCUGAUGACCUGCUUUUGUACGCCAGUGCCAAGAGAGAGAUGCUCUUCAGCAACAAACGCAUCAAUAUCUGCAGCAAGAAUGGGACCAUACGAGGAGUGAGGAACAAAGUGAGCGCAGGCCAAGUGCUUUUCAACAACCUCUCCAACAUGUACUCUAGCUCCCUUCGUCAUCAGAAAAGGAGACCCUGGGAGAAGGAGUAAACAGACUGGAAAUAGCACAGUGUGGACAACAGGAAGAAACAGCCCUCCAGCUGAAGAUUGUCUUGCAGUUUGGUCUACACCAGGACUCCUCACUUACAGUAAAUGUAAUUUACAAGUGUCUGGUUAAAAACAAACUUUUCCGUGUCUUCUUCUAUAACCCCCUAUUACUUUUAAAGCACUACAGCUUUACAGAGUAACAAUGGUCCAGUUCUUUGAUUCAGACUCAUGGAUAAACAAAUUGAAGUAGUAAAUAACUUGCUAUAAGCACACAUAUGUAUGUAUGUACAUUUAAAAACAUUUGAAACCUCUCAUAUGAACCAUUUCUAAAUGUGCAAAACAUUAGCAAACUGUUAUAUAUGUCUAAUAUGUUUUUUUAAAUGUGCUACUAAACUUUUGCCCAUGCAUACAUAUCACUAACAGCGAGUGACUUGUAACUUAAACAGCUAAACAAACUAUAACUAAACUUCUCUUGACCCUGUGAUUUUGAUAUUCGGUGGAGUCUCUUUCAUGGCUUAAGGCUUAAUUAUGUGAACAUACAUGUUUUUGUAAGCAUUUUUAAAUGAUGUUCACACUAGAUGGGGUAUGCUUCAUAUUAUGUCUGAUCCAUAA